AUGCCGCCCCACGCCACAGGACGCCGCCCCACGCCACAGGACGCCGCCCCACACCACAAGACGCCGUCCCACACCACAGGACGCCGCCCCAUGGCACAGGACACCGCCCCACGCCACAGGACGCCGCCCCACACCACAGGACGCCGCCCCACGCCACAGGACGCCGCCCCAUGCCACAGGACACCGCCCCACACCACAAGACGCCGUCCCACACCACAGGACGCCGCCCCAUGGCACAGGACACCGCCCCACGCCACAGGACGCCGCCCCACGCCACAGGACGCCGCCCCACAUCACAAGACGCCGUCCCACGCCACAGGACGCCGCCCCACACCACAAGACGCCGUCCCACACCACAGGACGCCGCCCCACGCCACAGGACGCCGUCCCACACCACAGGACGCCGCCCCACGCCACAGGACGCCGUCCCACACCACAGGACGCCGCCCCACACCACAGGACGCCGUCCCACGCCACAGGAUGCCGCCCCACACCACAGGACGCCGCCCCACGCCACACGACGCCGCCCCACACCACAAGACGCCGUCCCACACCACAGGACGCCGCCCCAUGGCACAGGACACCGCCCCACGCCACAGGACGCCGCCCCACACCACAAGACGCCGUCCCAGACCACAGGACGCCGCCCCAUGGCACAGGACACCGCCUCACACCACAGGACGCCGCCCCACACCACAGGACGCCGCCCCAUGGCACAGGACGCCGCCCCACGCCACAGGACGCCGCCCCACACCACAAGACGCCGUCCCACACCACAGGACGCCGCCCCACACCACAGGACGCCGCCCCACGCCACAGGACGCCGCCCCACGCCACAGGACGCCGCCCCACGCCACAAGACGCCGUCCCACACCACAGGACGCCGCCCCACGCCACAGGACACCGCCUCACGCCACAGGACGCCGCCCCACACCACAGGACGCCGCCCCCCACGCCACAGGACGCCGCCCCACACCACAAGACGCCGUCCCAAGCCACAGGACGCCGCCCCACGCCACAGGACACCGCCCCACACCACAAGACGCCGUCCCACACCACAGGACGCCGUCCCACGCCACAGGACGCCGCCCCACACCACAAGACGCCGUCCCACACCACAGGACGCCGCCCCACGCCACAGGACGCCGCCCCACGCCACAGGACGCCGCCCCACGCCACAAGACGCCGUCCCACACCACAGGACGCCGCCCCACGCCACAGGACACCGCCUCACGCCACAGGACGCCGCCCCACACCACAGGACGCCGCCCCCCACGCCACAGGACGCCGCCCCACACCACAAGACGCC